CGUGACAGAUUUUUUGAAAAAAAAUUUGUGACCGUUUUGAUUCCCGGGUCACACUAUGACACUUUCUUGCAACCUAUUUGCCAACCCACCUCAAUUGAGAUCACCAAUAGGAGUAAAUUUACUCCAAUUUGGUCAUAUGAUCUAAAACUAGAUCACCAUUACUUGUGCUCUUACACUUCAGAAUUCUCUCAUUUUUUUGCUUCAUCUUUCUGCUUUUCUCCUUUCUCCUGUGUUGUCACGCCAUUUUUCAUAGCUUCAAUGCUUCGUCUUUAAUUUUUGAUUAGGGAUUUUUCAUAUCUUACUUCUACUUCUCCCUUUUCCUUGAAAAAUUAGGGAUUUUCGGCUUUUAAAGUCAAGACUGGGUUUUAGUUCUUGAUUUUAGGGUUUAUGGUUCUUGCUUGAUUGAGAUUGCAAAAGCCACAAUCUUCCAAAGUGUCAUUGACUUAAAAGACAAAUUUGGGAUGGAAGAUCGUCACAACUUUUAUUCUCAGGUUGCUGCAAAUAAAGUUUUGUCUUCUUGAUCACAACAAGGCGUUCCGUCAGUUUUCUAACUGAGAUUAAGGUGAUCUCAGAGGUAAUACGUGAAAACUUGAUUAAGUUAUAUGGCUAUUGUGUGGAGGGGAGACAUAGGAAUUGUUAUACAACUAUCUGCAACAGCCUAGCACAUACUCUAUCAGGAGCCGAAGCUAAGGUAAAUGAAUCACGCAGAAGUUUUAAAUGUAGAAAUGAAGUGUAGAAAUAGAAAGGAUGAAGAAAUGCUGGAAGAGGAUCCAGCUUCAGCUCAUGUUAUUGGAUCAGAUUCAUGGAUGCAGGUAGCAUUGCUGCUGGUAACAAGCUAUAAUUGUGGAUGGAUAUUAAGCUUUUCAAAUCUUAUGUUGGUUCCUCUGGGUUGGAAAUGGGGUAUUGUUUGUUUGAUUCUUGUUGGGUUGUUGAGUGCCUACGCAAACUGGCUAUUGGCUGGUUUUCAUUAUAUUGAAGGCAAGAGAUUCAUCAGAUAUAGAGAUCUCAUGGGUCAUGUAUUUGGAAAGAAAAUGUACUAUAUCACAUGGGUUUUCCAAUUUCCAUUGUUCAUUCUGGGAAAUAUGGGUUUUAUUCUUCUAGGGGGCAAAGCAUUGAAGGAACUACUCCUUGUGUUUAGUGACACAACAACCAUGAGGCUCCAAUAUUUUAUCAUUAUCACGGGUGUAGCAUAUUUCAUAUUUUCUUUUGUGGUUCCAAACCUUUCUUCCAUGAGAAUAUGGUUAGGAGUAUCAGCAAUUCUCACCUUUAGUUACAUUGUAGCUGUCCUUGUGCUAACAGUAAAUGAUGGCAAAUCUAACAUAAAGAUAAACUACGAAAUUAAAGGAAGCACAAUUGAUAAAGUGUUUUAUGCCUUUGGUGCAAUUUCAGCUAUUAUGUUAAGCAAUAAUCCAGGAAUGCUACCAGAAAUACAGUCAACACUCCGUAAGCCAGCUGUGAAAAACAUGAGAAAAGCCUUGUGUGCACAAUUUAGUAUUGGGCUCAUAGUAUACUAUGGAGUUACCAUAGUUGGAUAUUGGGCUUUUGGUUCAAAUGUUCCAGAUUAUCUACCCAAGGCCCUUAGUGGACCAAAGUGGGUCAAGGUCCUCAUUAACAUUGCUGUCUGUCUGCUAAAUAUCUUCUCCCAACAUAUGUUUCUUCAACCAGUCCAUGAAUUCCUAGACACCAAGUUCCUAAAACUGGAUGAGGGAAUAUACUCGAGAGAAAAUCUAAAAAGACGAUUUAUCCUACGAGCACUUCUAUUCACAGGAAAUACUUUUGUGGCUGCGGCCAUUCCUUUUAUGGGAUAUUUUAUUGGCCUCUUGGGUUCAUUUACACUUGUUUCUUUGACUUUUAUAUUUCCCAGCAUGAUAUUCAUUAAGAUUAAGGGGAAGACAGCUAGUGUUGAACAUAAGGCAAUGCAUUGGGCAAUCAUAUUUGUAUUUUCCCUACUUGGUGUGGCAACUACAAUAUCAGCAUUCAGAUUAGUCAUUCAAAGUGUUAGCUAUUAUCAUUUUUUUGCCGAUCAAUGAUUUGCUCACUCUAUAUACUUCAUAUAUACACGUGCACUAAUUAAUAGUAUAAGUGUAUGAAUGCCUUUGGCUGCAUUGUUUGACAACAAAUACAAGUGACAAAUUAAACCAGCUAUCUAGCACUUUUUUAAUUGUGUAUUUUUUUCUUAUUUUUGUAAAUAUCUUAUGUGUAAGAGACGUACGACGGUGUUAAGAAAUUAAAUUAAUUAAAAAUUUAACUUGAUGAUAAGGUCACACGAUAUAUUAUAUAUUUUAAUACACUCCUUCACACAAGAGCCCUUUUGUGCAUGAAGUAUGAUGCAACAUUGACCCUCG